AUGGAAACAAAGAACAAUUGGUAUACCUAUGGUUCCAAUUACACCACAAAUAACAUCACUUACGACUUGGCUUCAAUUUCACCGAAAAAGUCCUUAGAAUGUGAAUUGACAAUUGAAUUUCUUAAAAUAAUCUACAUCAUUGAUGAGGCACCCUACAAGUCAUGGCAAAAAACAAUCGAUUCCUGUCAAACGAUCCAUAAAUCGUUCGAACGAAUAUCAGAAAUACUCAUAAAGCAACCAAAUCUAGAAAGUAACGUAACGAAUUUCUUGAAAAACAAUCGACUCAAGUACAUUCUUGAAAAUGUUAUACUUGAGAGUUUAAAGUCACAAAUUUCGAAAUGGGAUAUAUUAGUCCACAUUAAUAAUUUGUAUCCGGUAUCUUUACUUAUCGAAGCAGUUUAUGACUGGUCAAACAUUUAUUUGGUUAAUAUUGAUGAAGAAUUAUCACUAGUUCUAUUAUGUACAUUUCAAGUGUACAGAAAUAUUGAAGAUGAAACACAUGAACUUGACGUUAUGAUUAAGGAGAUGAAGCAACGACACAGUUACCCAGAAAUACGAGCAAGAAAUGUUAACAAUCUCAUUCUAUUAAUUUUAAGUAAAAUGAAACCAACAUUGGUUUUCUUUGAACUUAUCAAACAACUGAUAUUGUAUGCGAAAACAGAAUGUGAGAUUAGACACUUAAUUCAAGAUUUUGCAACUCUAUUGGAGAAUUUAAAACAAACUACUAAUCAAGAAAACAACAAUGAAUUAACAAAAAUAAAACUAUUAAUUCAAGAAAUUAUUAUUAUUAUCCUAAAAUCGUCUUACGAAAAGAUAAAUUGGAAUUGCUUUCAGCAAGCUCAAUCAGAUUAUGAGAGUAUUUUCCAAACUUUACUGACUGCCUAUCAAUCCCAACUUGCUAGUUCUACAAUGGUUCAAAAUUCAGAUAUACAGCUAUUUAUUGACGACUAUAAUAAUGAUCCUAAUCCAAGUUUAAAUAGAGAAAACGCAGCAGAAUGGAUUAAUAAUGUAUUUUGCAAUUCAGAAAAUCUCGAAGAAGAUGAUGAUUACUUUGAGCCCGAAUUCGAAUUACCAAAAAUGAUAGCAGAAGGCAGCAACACAUCGAUAAGACCUCACAAAAGAUCAUUAACUGAACCCAUUAAACGCUUAAUACUGAAGAGAACUCCAAAAGACAAGUCAAAAUGGCAUUUCUGGAGAUUUGCAAAUAAAAAAAGACUCUCAAACAGCUAG